AUGCUCGGACUCAAACUCGUUGCGCUGCUCGUUGCUUGCAUCACGCUCGUCAUCGCGUCGCCCACGCCAACCCACAACCACAAAGACUGCGACCGCAACUACUUUGGUGGAGCCGCAAAGUCGUUGUUUACGUACGGUGGGAUUCGAGGAGUGAUUGUUCCUCCGAAGCAUCAUUGCGGAAGGUGGUACUGGCACAGCAGCCUUGGAUACUGUGUUCCUCCUCAGCCUGACUGGUCCGACCCACAGUGCCCGGCUGGAUGGCGCUGGGACGACGGAGCAUACUCGUGUCUCCCUUCUGCUCCUUCUUUGCCCGACUCUGGCUAUGGCACCGGGGGAGUUAGUAUUGGACAGUGUGGGCCGUCGUACUUUUGGUGGGGUCCUAGGUCGUUUUGCUUGGCGAUUGGCGGGCCGUCUGUUCUUCCAGUCGUUCCAAACGGAUGGGCGUGUCCGAGUAACUGGUACUGGCACGGCACGGAUUCUGUGUGCCUCGUCAGAUCGGGUACGGGUCGAACCCUGUAUGCGGGUCUAGUUAUAGAUGGGAUGCGGGAGCCUCGUGUUGCAAGCGGGGAUACUAAACCAGGCUAUGAAUGGUGA